AUGACCUCCUCCGGUCCUUUAUACUUGGGCUUCGACCUAUCCACCCAGCAGCUAAAAGGACUGGUUGUCGAUGAUAGUCUCAAAAAGGUUCACGAGGCCAAGUUCGAUUUCGAUGCCGACUCCAAAGGAUUCAACGUCAACAAAGGCGUCCUCGUCAAUGAAGCCGAACAUGAAGUCUUUGCCCCUGUUGCAAUGUGGCUCCAAGCCAUGGAUACUCUACUUGCAAGACUAAAGGACGACGGUCUUGACUUUCAGCGCGUAAAAGGUAUUAGUGGCUCAGGAAUGCAGCAUGGGAGUGUGUUCUGGAACGCAGAUGCAGAGCAAUUGCUAGCCCAGUUAGACCCUGAGAAGACGUUGCAGUCGCAGCUCGACCGUGCCUUUGCACAUCCUUUCAGCCCCAACUGGCAAGACGCCAGCACCCAAAAGGAAUGCGAUGAAUUCGACGCGAUACUAGGGGACGAACAUCAAUUAGCCAAUGUUACGGGAAGCAAAGCGCAUCAUCGCUUUACUGGCCCACAAAUACUGCGAUUCCAGCGAAAGUACCCCGACAAAUACAUCAAGACUCACAGGAUCACACUGGUCUCGUCUUGGAUAGCCACUAUAUUCCUAGGCAAGUUUGCACCAUUCGAUAUUUCAGACGUAUGUGGGAUGAACCUCUGGGACAUCAAGGCCGGAAAUUGGAAUGAGAAGCUACUCGAACUUGCAGCUGGACCAUCAGGCGUGGAAGCAUUGAAGCAGAAAUUGGGCCAUGUCCCUGAAGACGGCGGCAUCCAUCUGGGCAAUAUUUCGAAGUAUUUCGUCCGUCGCCACGGCUUCAGCGAAGACUGCACGAUCAUCGCAUCGACAGGAGACAAUCCAUCCACUAUCCUCGCUCUCCCCCUUCGUUCCAACGAUGCAAUAGUCUCCCUGGGCACAUCAACCACGUUCCUCAUGUCGACUUCAGAGUACAGACCUGAUCCGGCGACACAUUUCUUCAACUCUCCUACCACGCCGGGCCUGUAUAUGUUUAUGCUAUGCUACAAAAACGGCGGCCUGGCCCGCGAGAAAGUCCGCAACGCCAUCAAUUCCAAAGCAAGUGUGUCAGAUACGACUUCCUGGACCGAGUUCGACAAGUAUCUUCUCUCGACACCGCCAUUGGCACAGUAUGACCGGUCGAAACCCAUGCAGCUGGGACUGUACUUUCCUCGUCCCGAGAUCAUCCCGAACCUGCCCAUUGGCGAGUGGCAUUUCGAGUAUGACCCCGAGUCCGGCAAUCUUACGCCGACUGAGAAAGUCCCACAAUCGCCUGAGCAAGACGCACGCAUCAUUGUCGAGUCACAAUUCUUAUCUUUGAGGUUGCGCUCGAGGGAUCUGGUUUCCUCGCCAGCCCAAAAUCUCCCGCCGCAGCCGCGACGCGUGUACAUGGUCGGUGGAGGAAGUCGGAACAAGGCGAUCGCCAAAGUCGCCGGCGAAGUUCUGGGCGGCUCGGAAGGCGUUUUCAAACUUGACGUUGGUGAGAAUGCGUGCGCGCUAGGCGCGGCGUAUAAGGCUGUCUGGGCGAUGGAGCGGGCUGAAGGCGAGACCUUUGAGGAGUUGAUUGGGAAUAGGUGGCGUGAGGAGGAGUUUGUCGAGAAGAUUGCCGAUGGAUAUAACCCGGAAGUAUGGGAGAAGUAUGGACGGGCGCUAAAGGGGUUCGAGAUGAUGGAGUUGAGACUGUUGGAGGACAAGAAGCAGGGGAAGAUGGACUGA